CUAAAUUAAACCGAAGAAUUAGGUUAGAGUAACAAAUGCAGAAAUUUAUUUAAUUUAAAAAUGUUUAGAAACAUUUUGUGUUCCUUUUCAAGACUAGCAAUUGCAACGAGAACACCUCAAUCUAAUGUAUUUAAAAAUACGAGUGACAAUUUAGUGAAACAAAUUACAGUUCGAAAUUUUUCACUGUUGAACAUCCAAGCUCCCCUAGCAGCACCAAAAUUACUGGAAAAUGCACCUAAACCGCAGCCUGCAGCCACAUCUACCAGGACUGUAACGAAAUUUUCUAUAAGAAAAGGCAAAAGGAAAUCCGUAAAGGCGGUACUGAAGCGAUUCUACAGAUUGCAAUGGGGCAUAUGGAUUCGAACGAAAGCCGGUCGUAACAAGAAAUUGUGGAAGAAAAACCCUCCGCAGAAGCGCAGGCUUAGACAGCACGUCUUCUGCAAUUCCACACAAAGUCACAUGUUGGAUAAAAUGGUGGGGCCCUACUGGAGGAAACCCAGAUACUUCAUCGAUGAUCCCUAUCAACCUUACCACGUUAGAAACGAGUUUGAACGGUCUAGAGUGACUCCUAAGCCCUACAUCCCUCCUGAAGAUAGGAUUUAGUAUGGUGAAUUAAUUGUGAAAGUGUAAUAAUAAAUAAAUAGUUUGUUAGAUAA